AUGGAACCCAAAACUUUGAUAUUCAUCGUCAUGAUCAAUGUAAUCACCACUCCACUUCCUUCUCUCUCUUCCCCAAUCCAUUCCAACAAAACACCAACAACAUCAACACUAACUUCUGCUCAAUACAAAACCUCAACCCGCAACACCAUUCAACAACAGUUUCUCGGAUCACACAACACCGUAAGAGCCAAGCUUCGUCUCCCUCCUCUCAAAUGGAGCAACAAUCUUGUCGCCUACGCAACUCGGUGGUCCCGAACCCGCCGUGGAGAUUGUAAACUUAUUCACUCAGGUGGACCUUACGGGGAGAAUCUCUUCUGGGGAAGCGGAAAAGGGUGGACUCCACGGGACGCGGUGAAUGCGUGGGCCUCGGAGAUGAAAUACUAUGACCGGAGGACUCACCGAUGCAAGGGCAAUGGAGAUUGCUUGCAUUACACGCAAGUGGUGUGGAAGAAGAGUUUGAGGAUUGGGUGUGCAAUUGGAUUUUGCAAGAGUGGUGACACAUUUAUCAUUUGUAAUUAUGAUCCUCCGGGUAAUAUUGUUGGACAACCACCCUUUUGA